GCUUAUAAUCCCUCCACUAACGAUUCUUCACAUUUUCAGGGAGAAGAGAGAGAGGGCAGAUCUGACUCUAGCUUGCUUGCACGCAUCCAAUCAUGGCCUUCUCUAGCUGCUGCCCAACGGUGUUUCCCUCCUUCGAGUGUCGCUCCGACCCGGACUUCUCCGGCCGGUUUCCGCGUAACGAGUUCUCCGGCCGUCCCAACUCACCGAGUCAAAGAUCUAGACUUCGCGCUCUCUCUUCUUCUUCUUCUUCUUCUCCGAUCUUCAGGUUCCCUCCUAACUUCGUGAGGCAGCUCAGCAUCAAGGCUCGGAGGAACUGCAGCAACAUCGGCGUGGCUCAAAUCGUUGCGGCUUCUUGGGCCAACAGCACCGCCGCGUCUGGAUUUCCUCCGGCGGCCAAGGCAUCCUAUGCUUCCCUCGCCGCCUCCAUCACGCCGCCUCAGGUUUCCGCUGUAUCAGUGGAGGCGCAGCUGGCGGAGAAUGGUAGUUGUAGUGACCAAAAUGUACAGAUUCAGGAUUUUACCAGUGUGAAGAAUUAUGCUUCAUUUUUGAGUUCGGAUGGGAGCCUUGCAGUUCAUGCUGGUGAAAGAUUGGGGCGUGGUAUUGUGACCGAUGCAAUAACUACUCCAACUGUUAACACGUCUGCCUAUUACUUCAACAAAACUUCUGAGCUGAUUGAUUUCAAGGAGAAAAGACGUGCAAGUUUUGAAUAUGGGCGUUAUGGAAACCCUACAACUGUUGUUGCAGAAGAGAAGAUAAGUGCACUGGAAGGAGCUGAAUCAACCUUGCUAGUGGCAUCAGGAAUGUGUGCUAGCACUUUAAUGCUGCUGGCUUUGGUUCCUGCUGGAGGGCAUAUUGUCACCACCACCGAUUGCUAUAGAAAGACUAGGAUUUUUAUUGAGACAAUACUUCCUAAGAUGGGGAUCACAGCCACUGUAAUUGACCCUGCUGACAUGGAUGGUCUGGAGUCUGCAUUACAUGAAAAUAAAGUGAGCCUUUUUUUCACAGAGUCACCAACCAAUCCAUUAUUCAGAUGCGUUGACAUUGAGCUGGUUUCCAAGCUUUGCCACAAAAAGGGGGCCUUGGUUUGUAUAGACGGAACAUUUGCGACUCCUCUGAACCAAAAGGCCUUAGCCCUUGGGGCUGACCUUGUUCUUCAUUCUGCAACAAAAUUCAUUGGAGGACAUAAUGAUGUCCUGGCAGGAUGCAUCAGUGGUCCUGAGAAGUUGAUUUCGGUAGUUCGUAACUUGCAUCAUAUCCUUGGUGGUACUCUCAAUCCAAAUGCUGCAUAUCUUAUAAUCCGAGGCUUGAAAACGCUGCAUCUUCGUGUACAGCAACAAAACUUAACGGCGUUGAGGAUGGCCGAAGUUUUGGAGGCCCAUCCUAAGGUGAGACACGUCUAUUAUUUGGGCUUGCCAAGCCACCCAGAACAUCAUAUAGGGAAGAAACAAAUGACUGGAUUUGGGGGUGUUGUCAGUUUUGAGAUUGACGGCGACCUGAUGACCACUGCAAAGUUUGUGGAUGCUUUGAGAAUUCCAUACAUUGCCCCAUCCUUUGGUGGUUGUGAGAGCAUUGUGGACCAGCCCGCCAUUAUGUCCUAUUGGGAUCUUUCGCAGUCAGAAAGGGCCAAGUAUGGGAUUAUGGACAACCUGGUUAGGUUUAGCUUUGGAGUGGAGGCCUUUGAGGACUUGAAAGCCGAUGUUCUUCAGGCUCUAGAGACCAUAUAAGUGCCUGAGCGCCCUCCUUCCUAGUUUUAUAAUUAGAGACGCCCACCCCAUUUGGUUUGCUUGCAUGCUUGCUUAUUUACUUCUCCAUAUUAUUAUUACUACUUGAUAAGUUUAUUUCGUAUUUAUUAUUUUACUCAUAUCUGAAUGUUUUUUUUUGUAAAAAAUAUUAAUCACGAUAAAAUAAUGGUUUCUUU